UUACGUCAUACCCGGAAGCGGCGGCCUGAGCGGAGCCGGCAGCGAUGAGCGGGGAGCCGGGGCACUCGUCCGUAGCGCCGCCUCCCGGGGAGGUCGAGCCGGGAAGUGGGGUUCGCAUCGUGGUGGAGUACUGUGAACCCUGCGGCUUCGAGGCGACCUACCUGGAGCUGGCGAGUGCAGUCAAGGAGCAGUACCCCGGCAUCGAGAUCGAGUCGCGCCUGGGGGGCACAGGAGCCUUUGAGAUCGAAAUCAACGGACAGCUGGUGUUCUCAAAGCUGGAGAAUGGGGGCUUCCCAUAUGAGAAAGAUCUCAUAGAGGCCAUCCGAAGAGCCAGUAACGGAGAGCCCCUAGAAAAGAUCACCAACAGCCGUCCUCCCUGUAUCAUCCUGUGACUGCACAUGACUCUGGGUUCCUGCUUUGUUCCGGGGUCCAAGCCUUGGUUGGUCUGUUUGGUCCUGCUGGGAGCUCUCCCUGCCUCUUUCCUCUUACUUAGCUCCUGGUAGCUAAGAGACCCUGGCCUCCACUUUGCUCCGUUGGAUAUAAGGAGGGAAUAAAAGCUUCUGUGGUUUUGGAGUAGGAGAGAGAUGCUCUCCAUGGACAUUUCCACAGCCACCAUAUUACCCCCUUCCCAGGGUCAGUGCCCACAAAAGCCGAGUCCUCUCCCCAUCUUGGCAGUACCUGUCAGAUACCACAGUAGAUCUAAUUUAUUCUCCCUGAUCCCUGAGCAGUCCUAGCUAUUGGCAAUAAAGUGGCACUAUAAACAC